UUGCUGAGUCAAGAUCAGGUGGGCGGGGGACGAGGGGCGGAGGCGAGGGCCGGUCCGCGUCUGCGCAUUGUGGGGUUCUGGGCGCGCAGUUUUUAGUUGCGGAUCAGCUGACUCCCUGCAUUGCAGAACGGCGGUGUCCACCGGAGACAUGUUGUGCACAUUGCUCCUUCUGCCCGGCCUCCUGGUAGCGGCUCUGGCUGGCCCUGUGCUCAGAAAGGAAGACUGUGCCAGGGGUCCUGAGGUCUGGUGUCAUGAUUUGAAAACAGCUUCUGAGUGUGGGGCUCUCAAGCACUGCCAGCAGAACGUAUGGAGCAAGCCGACUGUGAAAUCUUUCCCGUGCGAAGCAUGUAAGAAGGUGGUUUCAGUAGUUGAAAACUUUUUGAAAGAAAAUGGUUCAGAGACUGAAAUUGAGAAUUAUCUAGAGAAAGAGUGUGAGAUGCUUCCUCAGGAAGAUUGGGUUUCUAAGUGCAAGGAAAUCAUGGAGUCCUACCUGCCAGUCAUCAUUGAUGCACUUAAAGGGGAAAUGAGCAAUCCCGAGGAGGUGUGCAGUGCCCUCGCCUUUUGCCGCUCCCUUCAGAGAUAUCUGGCUACUCAGAGUCAGCAUGAGCAGGAACUGGAGUCCAAUUCGAUCCCAGAAAUGGAUAUGUCCAAAGUGGUGGCUCCCUUCAUGGCCAACAUCCCCCUCCUCCUCUACCCUCAGGGAGAGACCCAGAACAAGCCCGGCCAGUCAGAGGUCAGCGAUGGUGAAGUCUGCCAAGAUUGUGAGCAGUUAAUAACGGACCUUCAGAAAACCGUAAAGGACAAUAGCACCUUCGUUCAAGACUUGGUGGAACAUUUCAAGGACGAGUGUGACCUCCUUGGGCCUGGAUUAUCAGACAUGUGCAAGAACUAUAUCAGCCAGUAUUCUGAUAUCGCUGUCCAGAUGUUGAUGCACAUGGGACCCAAGGAGAUCUGUAGUUAUGCUGGCUUCUGUGAAGGGAAUCAGAGGCCUCUGCAGACCCUGGUGCCAGCUCACGAGGAUACCGUCAAAGUGAUCCCUGCCAUGGAGCUUGUGGAACCAGUGAAACCAGUGGAACCAGUGGAACCAGUGGAACCAGUGAAACCAGUGGAACCAGUGGAACCAGUGGAACCAGUGAAACCAGUGGAACCAGUGGAACCAGUGGAACCUGUCAAGAAGACCAUGGCUCAGGCAAAGGCCAGCCCCACGUGUGAGCUGUGCCAGUAUGUCAUCAAAGAGGUCGUCAAGUUGCUGGAGGGCAACAAGACCAAGGGAGAUAUAAUUCACGCCGUCGAGAAGGUGUGUGCAAUCAUCCCCAAGUCCAUGGCCGAGGAGUGCAAAGACCUGGUGGAAUCCUAUGGCCCAGCCAUCGUGGACCUGCUCUUGGAUGAGACGAGCCCUCAUCUGGUGUGCAGCCUGCUUCAACUUUGCAAGGGCAAAGUGCAGUCAGUGAAUGAGGCCAAGCUCAGGAGCGGGGCUUUCUGCGAGGUAUGCAAGAAGGUCGAUGGCUAUUUGGAAAAGAACCUGGAAAAGAACAGCACCCAGGCCAUGAUCCUCUCGGCCUUCCAGAAGGCGUGCGGCAUGCUGCCCAAACCCUACAGCGAUGAGUGUGACGAGUUUGUGAAGGAGUACGAGCCCAUCCUGAUCGCAGCCUUGCAUGAGGAGCUGGACCCCGCUUCUCUGUGUCUGAAAAUUGGAGCGUGCCCCAAAGAUGCUUCUAGGCCUCUGUUGGGAACCGAGCAGUGCGCGUGGGGCCCGAGCUACUGGUGUAAGAAUAUGGAGACGGCAGCCCAGUGCAAUGCUGUCGAGCAUUGCAAGCGCCAUGUGUGGAACUAGAGAAGACGCUUCUCUCUCCGGGAAAUGGCAGAUUCUUUCCUAUUUGAGUGUCUAGGGGAAGGGAACAUCCAGAUCUGAUUUUUUUUUUUGUUUUUAAAUGAGUCCCAAGUCUUCUUCCUCUACCCGUGACCCCUUUGUUCUGUCUGUCCGAGGCCGCACACUCCCUGCCCUCUGCAUGCGUCGUGGGCUGAGCCUGGGUUGGAUGGUGGAGAUGGAGGUUGGUGGGAGGGAGCCUGGGUGUGACAGGGAUGGUAGCAGAAGCCCAGCCCCCCUCAGCAGACCCAUAGGGCCAGCCUCCUCCAGGGGGCUGCCGGCUUCUGGUCGGGGAGGUGGGCUGGGAAUUGCCCGGGGUGGAGGCAGGUCUCCUUGGCAGCUGCCUAAGCCUUGCUUGUCGGUCCUCCAGGGCAGGCCUUCGGAGCCCCUUGGGUCUCCCCAGCUUCCCGAUAAUGUUGAGGAGUGCCACCUCCUCAUUGCAAGACCUGCUUUUAGCUUAGGAGAGAGGCGAGCCUUGCCUUUGCCCAAACUGGACCGAGGCUGGCGUGCUCUUCAUUGAGUUUCUCUGAACACCUCCCUCCACCCUUAGGCUUUGGCUUUCUCCUGUUUUCUCUCUCUUUGAAGUGGAUUUGGGGUGCGGCUGCCUGGGGAUGGGGUCAGGGUGAGCCGAGGGUGGGGGGAGUCUGGCAUUUCUUCUCUGAGCCCCGAGUUGUCGUGACACUAGAGGGCCUUGCUCAGUCCUUGCCUUCUGCUUCGUCUCUGGCGUGGUUCACAGCCCUCUGGGGGCCCUGCUUGAGCCCUUGUACAGGUUACUUUGGGGAUUUUAACAUGGGUGACAAAACCGGCUUUCCUGCUUCCCAGUAGAAAGGUGAUCUUCCCCAAUAAGGAAGCUGGACCUCAGUUUCUCUUCUUGUGCUAGCUCUUCUGCUCUGUGCUAGGUGUUCGGGGAGGACUAAAUAUGGAUGACUUUUGUUUUGUUCUGGUUUUGCCUUAAAGCUUUCUGUAAUUAACAAUAAAAGUUCCAGUAAACUGAA